AGAGGGAAUCCGACAGCGAUGGCGGAGAAACAGAAACACGAUGGUCGGGUAAAGAUCGGCCAUUACAUCCUGGGCGACACUCUGGGGGUUGGAACCUUCGGCAAAGUGAAGAUGGGAGAACAUCAGCUAACAGGACAUAAAGUUGCUGUUAAAAUCCUGAACAGACAGAAGAUUCGCAAUUUAGAUGUUGUUGGAAAAAUCAAGCGGGAAAUUCAAAACUUGAAACUCUUCCGUCAUCCCCAUAUUAUCAAACUGUACCAGGUAAUCAGCACUCCAACUGACUUCUUUAUGGUGAUGGAAUAUGUGCCAGGUGGUGAACUUUUUGACUACAUCUGUAAACAUGGAAGGGUGGAGGAAGCAGAAGCUUGUCGACUCUUUCAGCAGAUUAUUUCAGCUGUUGAUUAUUGUCACAGACACAUGGUGGUUCAUCGUGAUUUGAAGCCAGAGAAUGUUCUCCUUGAUGCGCAAAUGAAUGCCAAGAUAGCUGACUUUGGCCUCUCUAACAUGAUGGCUGAUGGGGAGUUCUUACGCACCAGCUGUGGCUCACCAAAUUAUGCUGCUCCAGAGGUUAUCUCAGGCAGGUUGUAUGCAGGCCCAGAGGUGGAUUUUUGGAGUUGUGGUGUGAUUCUUUACGCCUUGCUGUGUGGGACGCUGCCUUUUGAUGAUGAGCAUGUGCCAACACUUUUCAAAAAGAUCCGUGGUGGUGUAUUUUAUAUUCCUGAGUAUCUGAACCGCUCAGUUGCUAAUCUUCUCAUGCAUAUGCUGCAGGUUGACCCGCUGAAAAGGGCAACUAUUAAAGACAUCAGGGAACACGAAUGGUUUAAACAAGAUUUGCCAACUUAUUUAUUUCCAGAGGAUCCUGCAUAUGAUUCCAAUGUCAUAGAUGAAGAUGCAGUGAAGGAAGUUUGUGAGAAGUUUGAAUCUACUGAGUCUGAAGUUAUGAACAGUUUAUAUAGCGGUGACCCACAAGACCAGCUGGCUGUGGCUUACCACCUUAUUAUUGACAAUCGGAGAAUUAUGAAUCAAGCUAGUGAGUUUUACCUGGCAUCAAGCCCCCCCACAGGUUCAUUCAUGGAUGAUAAUGGGUUACAUAUCCCACCUGGUGUCAAAGCCCAUCCUGAGCGCAUGCCCCCUUUGAUGGCAGACAGCCCGAAGGCACGCUGUCCACUUGAUGCGCUGAACACUACUAAACCCAAACCAAUGGCAUUGAAGAAAGCAAAAUGGCACCUUGGAAUUCGCAGUCAGAGUAAACCAUAUGAUAUUAUGGCAGAAGUCUACAGAGCCAUGCGGCAGCUGGAUUAUGAAUGGAAGGUGGUGAAUCCCUACCAUCUGCGUGUGCGUAGAAAGAAUCCAGUGACAGGGAACAAUGUGAAAAUGAGUUUACAGCUGUAUCAAGUUGACAAUCGCAGCUACCUGCUAGAUUUCAUGAGCAUUGAUGAUGAUAUUAUGGAACAAAAAUCAGGCUCUUCCACUCCCAAACGUUCAGGAUCAGCAGCUUUGCUGCACAGGCCAAGACUGAGUUCCGAUGCAGUAGCUACUGAUGGCCAGCCUCUGACUCUCGUUGGAUCACUCCCCACUUCUCUGACCGGAUGUUUGAGUUCAAUUCAGCAACUGACGACUGUGGAAACAGGAUGUGGUUUGCCUCCCCACAAUGAGAUUCUGCGCAGUGAGAAAACCAACAGUAUGGAACAUUGGUCAGUGGAGCCAAGAUUGGAAUCUCCUGUCAGAAAUGCAGACUUUUUUCUUUCGUUAAGACAAAAGAGGAAGAGUGGCAAUCUGCCGGAGUGUUUCUCUACCUCCAUCUGCACGAAGUUGCCACUCCGAUGAAAAUCUGACACAAUCACUCAGAUUUUGCGAUUGAGCUGAAGGUGGCUCCAUGAAGAAUCAAGAUCUUGGGAUGGCAAUUUUAACAUUAAAUGAGUAUUGGAAAAGAACUAUCCUUAGAAUAAGCCCGUGUAAGGACCAGCUAUUGUGUGAGAAUCCCCAUGUUAUUUUUGUUCCAGAUAGGCAACCCCAAACCGCCAAUCUCCUGGGUGAGGGGGAAUGAACCCAUUUUCCCCUUGUUCAACCAUGCCCCUGAGUUGGUUGCAACAAAGUUAAUUAAGAAGCAACCCUUUCCUUGUGGAUGCCUUCCUGCCAGAUUGAAUGAAUCUUUGUUUCAAAAUGAACAAAUUUAACAGGCUUUCUUGACUUAACAAAAGGCUCAAGUUAUUAAUUAUUAAACACAAGAAAAAUAAUAUCACAACUAUGAGAAAUAAGCACAGAGACUGUUGGAGAAAUUCAGACAGCAUCUGUGGAGAGAUGAACAGAGUUAACAUUCUGAAUACAGUAUGACUUCUUCAGAAUGAUAAAUGUGGUUAAAUUUUUUUAUUGUUUUGACUGAGGCAGGGAAAGGCUGAAGGGAACAGAUAAUCAGGAGGUCCAGUGCAAAAGACUAAGGAAUUGUUCCUAGUGAUGAAAGAGAAAAACAGAUAUAAAGUGGUUGUAAAUUAAGGUGUGAAAGGGAGAGAAUGGGUCCUCUCUACUGAAAGUAAACAAAAUAAAUUUGAUGGGGGUGUGGUGAAAGAAAAAUGAAGAAUAGAUAUUUUGUGUCCAUUUUCUAAAGCUAUAGAACUCAAUAUUGAAGUCUAGAGAGGCCAGACUAGAACACAUAAGAGCUUUGACCCACAUGAGCAGGGUUGAAGCUCACAUUUAUCCCUUAUCCCUGUGUAUUCUUGAAAGGGAAACAGCAAACAUGUCUCUUCUCUAGAUUGCUUUAUUUUUUUCUAUCGUGUUCACAGUCUGAAAAACUCACAGGAGAUUAUGAUUUAGU